UGCAACGUUAGUAUCGCUGUCGCUUUAGUAAUAGUACUUGUAGUAAUUCAUACUGGAUCUGGAAAUUCAUUCGGUUUUGACUUUCUUCCUCUACGAACGACGCACGGCGGCGACUCACACGGUUAAAGAGCCCGUUUUGUUAGCUUUUUCUUAUUUUGAACUUUUUCUAAAGCCUGUUCUUUUUUAUUUCGGGUGCGGGCUUAAGCGAAAUUAUAUAUAGAUAUAUUGAUUUUCCUCCCUCUGGCGGUGUGGUGCGGCGGUGACGGAUUGGAAAAAAUAAGAAGAUUCCCGUUUUACGACUUUUUCUGAUGUGUCGUUUUUCCAGACUCUAUUCCUACCUUUACACCAUUCAUCCUCUCAUUAAUUCGGUCAUUCGGUUUACUGUUAAAUUAAUCUGUUAAUUUAUUCAUAUUUCGAUCUUGUGAUAGUAUUUUUGUUUUGUUUUUGGUGAUUUUGUGAGCGCGUGAGCGCUGCGCUACGCAAGCGUCUAUUUCGGCGAUUUUCGGUGGUAUCUUUUGUGUAAAAAUAAUUUUGAAAAGUGUGCUUAAGUGAAUUUUCCCAAAACCAACAAAAAUACAAAAUUGGGUUAAGUUACAAAGAGAAAAAUUUAAUUUGUAUUUACAUAAAAAUUCUUUUGAGAAGUGCGGAAGAUUGAGAGAAAAAAGUGAAAAAAAUUAAUUCAAACCGUUAUACUCGUAAUCUUAAUUAAGUAUUGUUUGUUCUUCAGAAAUACGUUUAUUUUCCUUUGUUGUUAUUCUAAAUAUUUAAAUUUUCGCAUGUGAAUUUAACCAUUGUGAUUUUUUGGCCACUUAAAAAAUUCUUUCGAAACAAAACGUGAAAAAAGAAAAGAAAAUUUAAGUGAAAUCUUAAGUGAAUUGCCUUAAAACUAAACUUGGAUACUUAUUUUAAGCUUGGUUUGAUUUUGAAAGAAAACAAAUCGAAAACGAAGACCAAAUCAGAGCAACUAAUUUCUUGGAUUACUUUCUGAUACUGGAAUAGCUGAUAUUUCGAAUAUUUUAUUGGGAUUUUUGUAUUUCGUUCUUUAAAAAUAAGACAUUUGUAUCUUCAAUAAACAACAACAAGUCAACAUUAAUAAAAAAAAUCCUUUUUUGAAGUAUGGACUGAUAUGAAUUUAUUAAAAUCAAGAAUGACAACUUCUAAUGGCAACACUUAGCCAAAACUAUGACACAAAUUUUGAUGUGAAUCCAUAUUAUGUGCCGAUCAACAAUAAACAAUCGCCGAUGUAUGACAAAUCAAAGAAAACCUGGAGUCAACGGCUCAAAAUCAGCAAAACCGAAAAGGCCACCGCGCAAAUGGUGGUAUCUCAACUACCGCCACCACCACCCCAACAAAUGCAACAGCAUCAUGCAAUGCAUGAAUUUCCCGGUGGUUUAGACUUUCACCCGAGUGCUUUAUCACGUUCCAUGAAAUAUGCCGAACCAUGGAUAUACGGCACCGUUCGGGGAAUUCCCGCCCGUCCAAUGCACUUUCAUCCCGGACAGGCAAUGUACGCUCCAAUGCCCUCCGAAAUCGCUGUCGUUAUCUGUUCUUGCCCGGAGUAUCUAAGCGGAACGAAGCGGGAUGUGAAGAAAGCAAGUAUAUGCAAGAAAUGUAAGGGCUCACGUCUGCCACUGGCUCCGAUUGGGGGAACAGUUCGCAUUCGACCGACCAGUACGCCGAUGCAGCAGAAGCAUCGACCUACAAAUGCAUCAACGAUGCGAGUGGUCUCCUCCAAGUCCAGACCGUCCAUUCUGGAUCCUCAGAAAGAUCCCUAUGAUCUGAUGCGACGCACAAGGUUACUAUCGCCUGAACCUAAAUCCUCGCCACAGCAGCAGGACAAAAAUUAUCGCUCCAGUCGCGGCAGAAGUUCCAGUCCCAAUCGAAGUCGUAGUCGAACUCCCCGCUCACAGCUGGAGGAAGUUGCUAAAUCUUCGCCAAAAUCUUCUCAAUCUUCUAUCAAAACUACCGAUCGCUGGAUUGUCGAAGACAGCAGCCAAUCCAACUCCCGACGAUCCAUACUCCGCUGCAAUGUCAAUCCCUAUGACCUGAUCUCAAAUAAAUCCUCCGCAUCGUCCUCGUCAUCUUCGGUGCAGCAUCUGAGCGAAUUCUCACCACAUGACGCCGACGAAGAUGACGAUGUCGUGCCUGAUAUGUUCAGAGGAAUGACAAGCAAGUCGACGUCGUCAGCGUCGUCGUCAUCCUCGUCGAUUAAUCACAAGACAGCUAUUAGUCGCAAAACAACCGGACCUACAAACAUAUCAUCUCCAUUACCAUCUCCUUCAGUGACAUCGUCAUCCAGCAACGCCGGAUCCCCAUCAUCGGGAUCAUCCAGCAAGACAACAAUGAGUUAUGUCAAUGUUAAGGCGAUUGCUGGACAACGGAUAAGUUUCGGUGAACACUCACCAGCGCCGUCAUUAAUCAACCAAAACGGUGAGAGUUUUUUGUAUGAAAAUGUGGGGUCACCAAAUAACAACAGCAACAAUGAAACCACCAGUAACAGUCCUAAAUUUCCGAAACAGAAGCAGCAACAGAACAGUGCCAAAAAGGACGACACUACCACCACUCCGCAACCGAAACGUCCACCACGCAGAAAGAACGAUGUGAACUCGUCACAGCAAAUGUUUGAUAAUCCUAUCGGAGGUGGAGUCGGAGGAGGUGGUGGUGAUGAUGGUGAUGACUGUGACGAGGACGACGGUAGUUGUAGUGGUAGUGGUGUUGCUGCAACAUCAACCAAUCUUCAAAACCGUCAUCAAAUAAUGUCCUCGCAAAUUUCCACAGAUUUACAAGGGACAGGAACUGGAACUGGAACUGGAACUGGAGCUGGAGCAGCAAUAGCAGCAGCUAGUCAAAGACCCUCCAUCAAAUCCAUUCUUAAAAGGCCACUAUCUUCGCCAACAUCCGGUGUACUUCUAGCUGUCAACACUCCAUCCAAAUCCCCGUUGAAUGGUGAUACUGAUACAGGAAGUCUUGUUGGUACUCCUGCCAGCACAACCAACACCACCGACUCAUGUAGACUCGACCAGCAGUUUCAGUACCAAAUACAACAUCAGCAGCAGCAGCACAAACAACAUCAUCAUCAUCAAAUUAAACGUAACUCAACGAGGACACAUGAAAGCUCACUGAAGAGUCCUUCAAAUGGAAGAGGCGUUGAAAGUGGUGGUAGUGGUAAUGGUGGAAGUGAAAACGUCGGUGGCAGUGUAGGUUUGUUGGACACAAUGUUAGCCAAAUCGAAUGGAGGACAAAAAACCCCCGUAGAAACAAAGACCGGAUCACAGUUUUAUAUUCCCAUGCCACAGGCUCGUAAAAAAGUCCAAUUUAUGGUCGAGGAUAAAAUAAUCCAAGUUGACAAUGCGAACUACCAUCAUCAGCAUCACGGUAAUGACGAUGAGGAUGACGAGGAUGACUAUCACUCUGCUCAAGGAGAUGAAACUGACAAAACUGAAAUCUCCAAGCAAAUAGGUAAAACCCUUCUACCAGCUAACUACCGUAACUGUAGUAAUACGCCGGGCAAUGGCACUAGCACUGGCACUUCUAUACCUCAUCCUGCUAGUGGAAAUGGAACUGGAACCAAAGCCACUGUCAGAGUAAUGCCAGGGACAGGGCCAGGAGCAGGUGGCAGUGGCAGUGGUAAUGGAAGUGGACAAAACAUCUCGAAAAGUGAUACCACGAGAAAACUACCCCCGUCAUCGAAACCUACACUUGUCGUAACCGAUGUGGACAAAGACCCAAAUAACGGUCACAGGGAAAAGGAUAAGGUGAAAGAAUCUUCUGUUGAUGCGAAACGUAGAAUCAUUGCAAUCACUAAUGGCAGCCGGGAAGAUUAUGUUGGAAAAGAAAAUCCUAUCAAUGGCACCCACAACAGCAACAAUAGUGCUCCUGUUGCUACGGCUAAUAGAUUCAACCAAGACCAACUGCAUCGCCAGCAUAAGAGACAAAACAACCAACAACAGCAACAACGCCACCAACAACAACAGCGACUGCAACAGAAACAGGAUGCAGUAUUAAACUUAUUACAGCUCGAGUCGAACUUACUGUCGCAGAGUGAAUUAUUAAAUUCUGGCAAGAAUAGUUUUUACCAGAAUUUCCAGCAAAACCAAAACCAGGAUCAGAACCGGGAUGAACCGCAUUAUGAAGAUGUUGCCAAUGACGAAGAAGACGACGACGGUGAUGGUGUCAGUGGCAACAACGACGACUCUUUGGGUCCACAACAAACAAUAUCCUUGUCUUCGUCGUUGUCGUCAUCAUCAUCAUCCUCAGUAGCUCCUGCUCCAACACAAGGCGACGAAGACCAAUGUGGUCGAUUUAAUGGCACUGGUGACAGGACAAAGGAUUUGUUUUCAAACAAUCUCAAGACAGCCACAAAAACAACAACAAUAGAAGCAGACGAUGAAGAAGCAACAUCAGUGACAACCCCAACCUCAACCCCAUCAACAACAUCACAACCGGCACUAUCACGAAAUGCCAUUCGACGCACUCAUAGCGAACGUCAUCCAUGCAACGUUCACAUCGGCACUUCCUCCACAAAUGUUAUUCUUAACUUCAAGGAUACAAUGGCAUUACGAGUGAAAGCCACCCGCAAGGACUCCCGAGAUAUCUUCUCGAGUACAUCGCAGCAACAGAGUGUCGGAUUGUUGUUCCGACCUAAAGAACCACCACCGCCUCCACCAACUGGAGCUGCCAUAUCAGCGCAUCAUCAGCAACAACAAAAGCAACGUCUAAGUAACACUCAUACGAAGGUACAUCCCAAGGAUACUCCUAGCGGCGGCAGUGGUGGUGGUAGCAAAAAAACCACAGCUAUCCAGAUAACCACCACCAAUGCCACAAAAGACGUUGAAAGCAGCAAAAAAUCCAACGACCACGAUAACGUGAACGUAAACGAUGACGCUGAAGACGUCUACAACAAAGACCACGACCAAAACGAAGACGAAGACGACCAAGAUGGAGAAGACGAAGAUGAAGACGACGUUAACUACGAUGACAACAGCAUACAGCACCGAGGAGUCCCUUCAAGAAAUCGCAAACUAUCAGUUAGCAGCGGCGGAUUAGAGGAACAAAAACCACCGCCAUCCAUGGGACAUGAUGCUUCCAACCAACGGAGGAGAUCCUCCGCCACCAGCUCUAUCAUCGAUACCACCACCUCCAUGACCACGACCACCAGCAGCAGCAGCAAGACUUCCUGCCAGAACCGAACAACAACGAAUAUUUAUGAGACAUUCGAUAGCUUUAGCUCUAGCCCAGCCGUUGUUGUUGCCACCGUCAACUCCAACGCGGCAACCGCCGCCGUUGAGACACACACACUACCAACGAUGACAACACCACCAACCCCAGUAGCAACUCCAUCUUCUCCUAAAUACAUAUUUGGAAACACAAGUCAACCGAACCGGACCGUAGUUCGAGUGGCUCCCUUCAAUAAGACCACAUCCGAGAUACAUCGUCUGAAAAUCACCCACACCGAUGACGACGACGAUGGCAAAGCAUUUGGCGCGCGAAAUCCCACUAACAGCACAAAUGGCCAAAAGAAGACCUCCAUCCUUAUCAACGGCGAUGAUUGCUAUUCAACCGUAAACGUCACCAAUGACACCCCAUUGUAUCAGUCGUCUGUGGUGGUGGCCGAUGGCAGCAGUAUCGAUCCUAUGCUAAAAGUUACAUCGAAUACGGUUACGAUAAACGUUGUCAGUAGCAGCCCGAGGACACCCCAAGAGGAACUCAUCUAUAAGAACAAUAAAAUCAACACACUCCUAAGCAGCAGGACUGGUGGUGCUUCCACAAAGGCGAUUAUUCCGAUUGGAAGCAGUUGCGGUGGUGUCGUAAGCAGCAGUAUAGUUUCCAGUCCGUCUGAUUCGGUAAAAACGUCAAACAAACGAGGCCGAACGCUAAUCACGUUUGACUAUGAUAAGUCUCCAGUCCCGGUUAGUAGUAGUAGUCCCAAAGAAGUCCCAAUAGUUUGUGCAUCAUCCCCAGAAGGAGAAGUAGUCGACGAUGUGUUCUCUCACGAGGAGGAACUGGUAAAGAUCUUGCGUAACCCCGUCGAAGCGGUUCGAAGGAAUUUGGUGCCUCAUGUGUGUGGCAAAGGCGAAGUCAUCCCAGAUCAACCCAAAGGAGACAAUGAAAGUGUCAAAUCACCGUCGAAACGUCAGCGAAAACGUCACAAGAGCAACGAACUCACUGUCCCCAGUCCUUCGAUGGGCCGAAGCAGCGAAAGGAAUUCGUUUGUGGGAAAGCUGCUGGAAGAUCCUACCUUAAGCCACCUUGCCGAUGGCCUUGAGAACGAUGUUGUUGUGAAACUCAUCGAAAACUCGCUCAAACGCUUAAAGGACUCCCGCAGCAGCAUCGACACGAGCGGUACCAAAGAUAACGAGGACAUGAAUCGCUUGAUCAACCUGUCCUUGCAACGCAUCAAAGAGGACCGGCAGAAGCUUGAGUCUCAGAUGCACGAAGCCGACGAGCAACAGGAGAUCCAAUCGAAUCGAGGAAGUAUCAGUUCGGGGAAUAGUUUCUCGUCGGCCAACUACGAGAUGUUCGACUUCAGUGAUAACAACGAGUCGGACUGUUACCAAAGCUGUUCGAGUGAGAUCGCCGAUACCGAUACUCCGCUCACAACACGAAGCAAGUUCUAUCAAAUGCUGGUCGAUGCCACUCUUGCCGAAAUCGAGAUCUCCACAAACACCGACGACGAUCACCACUACGAAUCGAUUCGUGGAAACAAUGGGGAUCCCAUCUACGAGGAGAUCAAUGAUAUUCCACCACCACUGCCACUCUCACCACCACCUCUGAAUGAUCCCGAACUGGAGAAGAAGGCUGCCCGAUCGAUGUUCGAAGGGGCCUCGAAGUACGAUAUCCUAUCGUAUUUGGUCGAUGCCAAAGAGCGGGGAUUGGUGCGAGAGGAAUCAUUUGAGUAUAACAUCAACAACACGUCCAAUCCGAUCAUAAUCGAGGAGGAGAACGAUACUCUGAGCGAUCUCAAGCAGACCUCAGACAUGAGCAGUCGAAUCAGCCACCUCUCGGUGACCAGCGACUCCAGUGAAGACACCAACAGCCUGACAGGAUCGAUGGUCAACGAUCGUUUGUCAGUGCUUAGUGCCCUCCGAAAGGGCGCUCAUUCUGAUAUCGAACGAAACGACUCGGGAGUUGGCUCGGAAACGAGUAAAUCCUCCCGCAGCAAGUACCAAAACAAUCCUCAACCGAAUUCAGUGCUCAGCAAAAUCAGUCCGAUCCAUUUGUGCGAGGACUGUGACGGCCCCGUCGAGACACAGGUCACUGAUUCGGGGGUAAUGUUCGCACCUCUGGUGUGCCGCAAAUGUGGCAAGAAACGAGCCGAACGCAAAGAAAUCAUUACCGAAAUCGUAGAGACCGAGGAAAAGUACGGCCGAGAUUUGACGAUCAUUUUGGAGGAAUUCUGUCAGCCAAUGCUGGUGGCUGGAUUGCUUACCCAAGAGCAACUCUCUGCAAUCUUCUUGAAUACCGAAGAACUGCUCGAGAAUAAUCAGACUCUUGCCGAACGAAUGCGUGAUGCAUUGGACAUUGCUCUCGAACAGGGCGACGAUGAUUUAUUAACGGUGAAUAUUGGCAAAGUAUUUUUGGACUUUACGCCAAUGUUGCAUGCCUUCGAGAGGUAUUGUGUUCGACAGGCAGGAGCUAGCCUUUUAUUGGCCAAUUUGGAGAAGGAGAAAGAAUUGUUGAGGAUAUUCCUAAAGGUGUCACAAAUGGAAAAUACCGUUUUGAGACGAAUGAAUCUCAACUCGUUUUUGAUGGUUCCUGUCCAAAGAGUGACCAAAUACCCACUUUUACUGGCUCGUCUUUACAAAGUGACCCCACCUCACCUCGAAGGCCGUGAUUUGCUCAAACAGGCUCAAGAGAAUAUCGAGUUGCAUUUGAAUCACAUCAACCAGGAGGCCAAAGAUGUCCCCACCCGGCUGUGGCGUCGAAUCUCCUCCUCCAGUCCGAAUCGACGAGCAUCCUGUGAGAUUGAUAUGAUUAAUAUCAAGCUACGAAAGCUGGCCAUUGACAUCCUCGAAUGGAAUCAUGACGAAGUGAGAUUCGCCAUGGAGGGGAAGUUGAUGUACACUCAGCCGACCGAUAGUAAUUGGAAGAAGGGCCGGACAAUUAAGCUGAAUCCAGUGAAUGCUUUGCUAGUGACAAACGGAAAGCCAAGUGUCAACUACAAAGCCGAGAAGGCCAUGUCGGGGCAGCUUAAUUUCCCUAAACACACCGGCAUACGAGAGGCAUCCUUGCUGGUGGUAAAAGAGAAAUGUGGACGAUAUACACUGAUACGAGAACCACUCUAUCUGGACAGAUGUGUGGUGUGCUCCGAAGCCGAUUGGGAUGAUUAUUUCGAGCUGCAAGAGAUUUCAUCCAAAGAUACUUUUAUUUUUAAAGCUGAAGAUGCAGUUCGCACAAAACAAUGGUACACACAAAUUCAGUACCAUGCUCAAGGUAUGGGAGCUUGGCGAAAGAGACGUAAUGCCUUAGCUAACAUCAUGAUAAAUGGAAUGCUGUCAAGAACCUAAGAGAUACAAUUAUUUUUCUUUUGUUGUCUUAUUUAAUAUGCAAUAUUUUAAAAAAUAAUUUUAAUUUAAACAAAAAAUAUAUAAAAUAAAAAUGUCCUUUUUUAAUUCUAACAAAUUUUUAAAUAAUAUAAAUAUGUAGUUAUUUUUUCUUGCUUUUU